GAACUUUUCUCUAAGUUGUCAACACUGCCGGCGCGGGAGUAUAGCCGCGUUGUCUCAGUCUUAAAUUUGUGGUUUCACCUUCAAGAAGAAAGUGUUUUGUAUCCUGAAUGAACAAUACACACAUGAGGAUGGUGGAGAAGAACGUAGAAAACAUAACAGAGGACGAGGCGGCCCUGUAUGAUCGCCAAAUCAGGCUAUGGGGCCUGGAUGCUCAAAAGCGAUUACGAGCAUCCUGCGUCUUAGUUGCAGGAGUGUGUGGGAUGGGUGCUGAGGUUACCAAAAAUUUGGUUCUUUCAGGGGUAAAAUCUCUAACUCUGUUAGAUCAUCGCAAGGUUACAGAAAUUGAAACUUGCUCCAAUUUUCUGGCUCCACAUGAUACAGUUGGCAAAAAUAUAGCUGAAGCGUCUCGAGAAAGAGCCCAGAUACUAAAUCCUAUGGUGGAGGUUUCAUCUGAUUCAAGCAAUGUUGAAGACAAAACAGAGGAUUAUUUCACUCAGUUUGAUGUUGUCUGUGUGAGUCGUUGUCAACGUGAACAGCUCGUCAGAAUCAACAACAUCUGUCACCAGAAAAACAUAUUAUUUUUUGCUGGUGAUGUGUUCGGGACAUUUGGCUACAUGUUUACAGACUUACAGGAGCAUCAUUAUGUUGAAGAGGUAAAAGAGAAGAAAGAAGUAGAGCACGGUGGUAAGAAACAAACUGUUGAAGAAACAAAAAUGGUGAAGCACAAAGAAUCAUUUGUUUCUCUAAAUCAAGCUUUAGAUAUAGAUUGGACUUCCAAAAAGUAUGCCUCUCAAUUAAGAAGAACAUCUCAAACAUACUUCAUCAUGCACAUUCUGAUGGAAUUCAUCAGUUUACAUGGCCGAACUCCUGAACCAGCUCGUAGAAGUGAAGAUGAAGUUGAAUUGCUCACCAUUAAAAAUGCUUUGCUGGAGAAGAUGGCUAUACCUCAGGAAAAAGUCAGCAAUCAGUUUGCAGGGCAAGUGUUUGGGCAAGUCAGUCCAGUGUGUGCCAUUGUGGGUGGUGUUAUUGCCCAGGAGAUCAUCAAAGCUGUAUCUCGGAAAGAUCCGCCCCACAACAACUUCUUCUUCUUCUCCACGUUAGAUGGUGCUGGUGUUGUUGAGUGCAUUGGACAUUGAGAAAGUCUUUGAGUAAGAAAAUAGAAAUUCCCAUUAUCAACAAUUAAUGUCAAUAAAUGAAUGCUGAAGAUUUCCUUUAUUUAAUGUGUUUUAAAGACUUGAUAAAACAUUAAAUGCCACACUCUUUUGAAGUUUUCACCACAUAUUUUAUCAAUAGUAAAACAGGUCUUUUGAAAAGAGCUUAAGUGACAGGUUAUCUGAUGCAUUACACUUUGCAAGAAGUUAAGCUUGUUUAUACAAAUUUAAUUCUUCUGAGUUUGUAAGAUUUAGAGCUAUGUUUUGUACGUCAGGUGUUUGUAGCACUUUCAUGAUAUGUGUAAACUGCAUGAAUUAGAUUGUACCUAUUGUUAAUGAGAUCUUAAUGUAAUUAUUAUCUAAAUGUUAAUUAUUAGGGAUGCACCAGAACCAUAAUUUCAAGUUCCAGCAGAAAUCAGAACUUUCCGGAACUUAUAAAAUGUUCCGGCCAGACCAGACCUUAGGGUGUUUUAGCUAUUAUUAUUUUUAUUUUCAUUUUCAAGUUGUUUUAAGUAAAGUACAUGACAUUCAGAAAUUUUAGUUCUGUAAGUUAAGAUAUUAUUGGUCUAUGAUAAUUUUUUCAGUCAUUUGUCAAACAGGCUAUAAAUAAAAAGGUAUGGGUUA